AUGUACUGGAGAGCCAUCCUCAAAGGCGUUGCAUCUCUUGUGCCUGCCCGAAACGUCCAUCUUCAAAGGCGUUGCAUCUCUUGUGCCUGCCCGAAACGUCCAUCCUCAAAGGCGUUGCAUCUCUUGUGCCUGCCCGAAACGUUCAUCCUCGAAGGCGUUGCAUCUCUUGUGCCUGCCCGAAAUGCGUUGCAUCUCUUGUGCCUGCCUGAAACGUCCAUCCUCGAAGGCGUGGCAUCUCUUGUGCCUGCCCGAAACGUCCAUCCUCGAAGGCGUUGCAUCUCUUGUGCCUGCCCGAAACGUCCAUCCUCAAAGGCGUUGCAUCUCUUGUGCCUGACUGAAACGUCCAUCCUCGAAGGCGUUGCAUCUCUUGUGCCUGCUCGAAACGUCCAUCCUCAAAGGCGUUGCAUCUCUUGUGCCGGCCCGAAACGUCCAUCCUCGAAGGUCUUGCAUCUCUUGUGCCUGCCCGAAACGUCCAUCCUCAAAGGCGUUGCAUCUCUUGAGCCUGCCCGAUACGUCCAUCCUCGAAGGCGUUGCAUCUCUUGUGUCUGCCCGAAACGUCCAUCCUCAAAGGCGUUGCAUCUCUUGUGCCGGCCCGAAACGUCCAUCCUCGAAGGCGUUGCAUCUCUUGUGCCUGCCCGAAACGUCCAUCCUCGAAGGCGUUGCAUCUCUUGUGCCUGCCCGAAACGUCCAUCUUCGAAGGCGUUGCAUAUCUUGUGCCUGCCCGAAACGUACAUCCUCAAAGGCGUUGCAUCUCUUGUGCCUGCCCGAAACGUCCAUCCGCGAAGGCUUUGCAUCUCUUGUGCCUGCCCGAAGUGUCCAUCCUCAAGGGCGUUGCAUCUCUUGUGCCUGCCCGAAACGCCCAUCCUCGAAGGCGUUGCAUCUCUUGUGCCUGCCCGAAACGUCCAUCCUCGAAGGCGUUGCCUCUCUUGUGCCUGCCUGAAACGUCCAUCCUCAAAGGCGUUGCAUCUCUUGUGCCUGCCCGAAACGUCCCUCCUCGAAGGCGUUGCAUCUUUUGUGCCUGCCCGAAACGUCCAUCCUCGAAGGCGUUGCAUCUCUUGUGACUGCCCGAAACGUCCAUCCUCAAAGGCGUUGCAUCUCUUGUGCCUGCCCGAAACGAGGUGCAUCUCUUGUGCCUGCCCGAAACGUCCAUCCUCAAGGGCGUUGCAUCUCUUGGGCCUGCCUGAAACCUCCAUCCUCGAAGGAGGUGCAUCUCUUGUGCCUGCCCGAAACGUCCAUCCUCAAGGGCGUUGCAUCUCUUGUGCCUGCCUGAAACGUCCAUCCUCGAAGGCGUUGCAUCUCUUUGCCUGCCCGAAACGUCCAUCCUCAAGGGCGUUGCAUCUCUUGUGCCGGCCCGAAACGUCCAUCCUCGAAGGCGUUGCAUCUCUUGUGCCUGCCCGAAACGUCCAAUCUCAAAGGCGUUGCAUCUCUUGUGCCUGCCUGAAACGUCCAUCCUCGAAGGCGUUGCAUCUCUUGUGCCUGCCCGAAACGUCCAUCCUCAAGGGCGUUGCAUCUCUUGCGUUGCAUCUCUUGUGCCUGCCUGAAACGUCCAUACUCGAAGGCGUUGCAUCUCUUGUGCCUGCCCGAAACGUCCAUCCUCAAGUGCGUUGCAUCUCUUGUGCCUGCCUGAAACGUCCAUCCUCGAAGGCGUUGCAUCUCUUGUGCCUGCCCGAAACGCGUUGCAUCUCUUGUGCCUGCCCGAAAUGUCCAUCCUCAAGGGCGUUGCAUCUCUUGUGCCUGCCCGAAACGUCCAUCCUCGAAGGCGUUGCCUCUCUUGUGCCUGCCCGAAACGUCCAUCCUCAAAGGCGUUGCAUCUCUUGUGCUUGCCUGAAACGUCCCUCCUCGAAGGCGUUGCAUCUUUUGUGCCUGCCUGAAACGUCCAUCCUCGAAGGCGUUGCAUCUCUUGUGCCUGCCCGAAACGUCCAUCCUCAAAGGCGUUGCAUCUCUUGUGCCUGCCCGAAACGUCCAUCCUCAAAGGCGUUGCAUCUCUUGUGCCUGCCUGAAACGUCCAUCCUCGAAGGCGUUGCAUCUCUUGUGCCUGCCCGAAACGUCCAUCCUCAAGGGGCGUUGCAUCUCUUGGCCUGCCUGAAACCUCCAUCCUCGAAGGAUGUGCAUCUCUUUGCCUGCCCGAAACGUCCAUCCUCAAGGGCGUUGCAUCUCUUGUGCCGGCCCGAAACGUCCAUCCUCGAAGGCGUUGCAUCUCUUGUGCCUGCCCGAAACGUCCAUACUCAAGGGCGUUGCAUCUCUUGUGCCGGCCCGAAACGUCCAUACUCGAAGGCCUUGCAUCUCUUGUGCCUGCCCGAAACGCGUUGCAUCUCUUGUGCCUGCCCGAAACGUCCAUCCUCAAGGGCGUUGCAUCUCUUGUGCCGGCCUGAAACGUCCAUCCUCGAAGGCGUUGCAUCUCUUGUGCCUGCCAGAAACGUCCAUCCUCAAGGGCGUUGCAUCUCUUGUGCCUGCCUGAAACGUCCAUCCUCGAAGGCGUUGCAUCUCUUGUGCCUGCCCGAAACGUCCAUCCUCAAUGGCGUUGCAUCUCUUGUGCCUGCCCGAAAUGUCCAUCCUCAAGGGCGUUGCAUCUCUUGUGCCUGCCUGAAACGUCCAUCCUCGAAGGCGUUGCAUCUCUUGUGCCUGCCUGAAAGGUCCAUCCUCGAAGGCGUUGCAUCUCUCUAA